UGAGGGGGAAGAGGGGUAGUGCGUUCAUGGAGAGGAAUGGACAGCUUAAUUAAUAACCACUGUCCCCUUUCACCAUGACCCCAGCCAGUCACACAUACUCUUCCUACAACCCCAGACAUUCAGAUGCUCAUUAGCAAAUAUUGCUGGUUCUGUACUUUACGUGGGGAUCAGAGAGAGGGUGAAGGCUGGGACUAGACUGGAUUUACACAGGGGAAAUCCACACUGAGAAAUAAGUUUUCUUACAGGAUUGGACUGGAAAGAACUUUCUUAAUUCCCUCCUUGUGUCUUGGCCAAUCACACCAUCUUUACUCUGAGCUGAGGUUCUGAGCUGAGGUCCAACCAGAUUUGUGAAUGAAUGAGUGGGUGGGCCACAACGUCAAUGUGGUGGGACUACUACAGAUCCCUCCCAACGAUGGAUUCCCACUGUCUGAGAGCUCACACUUCUUUGAUUCCGUCUCUCACAGUUGAAGUGUACCUAUGAUACAAAAUUACAGACCUCUACAUGCUUUAUAUUCUGGCAGAACAAGGGAGCCCUCUGCUCCAAGACCAGGAAGUCUUACCCUUCACCAGCUAUCCCAGCAUGCAAUACCCCUCGGUGGAGCCCUCCCCACCAUACUACUCCAGUCAGAACUACUACCCCCAGUACAACGCCGAUGAGUGGUACUCACCCACAGGGAUGUAUGAACUGAGGAAAGGACCCCUAGAGGGCACUUAUAAUGCUGAAAUGGAAGAGGCGUCCACCAUAGUGCCUGCGGUGUGCAAUAGGACCCGGCACACAUCCCACACAGGCAGUGUCAAAGGGGAGGAGCUGUGUGUGGUGUGUGGGGACAAGGCAUCCGGGUAUCACUAUAAUGCUCUCACCUGUGAGGGAUGUAAAGGCUUCUUCAGACGGAGCAUGACCAAGAAAGCUGUGUACAAGUGCAAGAAUGGAGGGACCUGUGAGAUGGACAUGUACAUGCGGAGGAAGUGCCAGGAGUGUCGUCUCCGGAAGUGCAAAGAGAUGGGCAUGCUGGCAGAGUGUCUGCUGACAGAGAUCCAGUGUAAAUCUAAAAGGCUGAGGAAAAACCCCAAGGUCUCACCAGGACAGUCCACCGGGGACGAGACAGAGGGGGGAGACAACGGAGACACCAAACAGGUCACCUCCACCACCAAACUGUCAAAGGAGAAUCUUGAACUCAGUCAAGAGCAGCAGGCUCUCUUGAGCUUCAUUGUAGAAGCUUAUCAGAAACAUCGAAUUCCUCAAGACAUGGCCAAAAAACUGCUACAAGAGCAGUUCAAUGCAGAAGAGAACUUCCUUCUUUUGACAGAGAUGGCCACCAGUCAUGUUCAAGUGCUGGUGGAGUUUACCAAAAACAUUCCAGGUUUCUCAGCCCUGGACCAUGAGGAUCAGAUCGCACUGUUGAAGGGCUCGGCAGUGGAGGCCAUGUUCCUGCGCUCAGCACAGGUGUUUACCAGGAAGCUACCCCAUGGACACACAGAGGUGUUGGAGGACAGGAUACGCAAGAGUGGCAUAUCAGAGGAGUUUAUUACACCCAUGUUCACCUUCUAUAAAAGCAUCGGGGAACUCCAGAUGAUGCAGGAAGAACACGCCCUCCUCACCGCCAUUACUAUCCUGUCACCAGACCGGCCGUACGUGAAGGGCCAGCAGGCGGUGGAGAGGCUGCAGGAGCCCAUGUUGGAGGUGCUCAGGAGGUUCUGUGCAAUGCAGCACCCGCUGGAGCCCCAGCACUUUGCCCGUCUCCUGGGCCGUCUGACUGAGCUGCGGACACUCAACCACCACCAUGCUGAAAUGCUCACCUCCUGGCGCAUGAGCGACCACAAGUUCACACCCCUCCUCUGCGAGAUCUGGGACGUACAGUAAAUGGUACACAGAGGCUGCAUGGAUGGAUGGAUGGAUGGAUGGGUGGAUGGAUGGACAGAUGGAUGGACGGAGGGAUGGAUGGAUGUAUGGA